AUGGCUCGUGAGUGGUAUUUUAACUCAGAGGAAUUGAAGAACUCUCCAAGUUUUAAAGACGGUGUCAGUGCGGAAAAAGAAUUGGAUUAUAAGCAGCAAGCCGCUUAUUUGAUCAACGACUUGGGCAAGCGGCUAAAAUUGUCUGAAGUCAGUGUAAAUACUGCUACGGUGUGCAUGCACAGAUUUUAUACUGAGCAUUCACUGCUAAAAUUCAACAGAUAUGAAGUGGCAGCGACGGCAAUUUUUGUGGCGGCAAAGGUCGAAAAAGAGCCACAAAAAUUACAAGAUGUGAUCAGAGCUCUUCAUAUGUGUUUGAAAUGA